UGUACUGUGUUAGUGUGGGUUUCACCUUCACCCAAUUGUCUGAACUCAGUUUAUGUAGCACAACGUUUUUUUUAUCUCUGUUUUUGUUUAGAUAUUAUAUGUUGUGCUUCAUAAGUAUUAGAUGUCACAGUACUAAUAAUAGUAGUAUGUGUAGUAGUAAUACUAGCAUUAGCAGACUAGUACAGAAUAUUGUGCUCUUACUAUUUGUUCAGACAGAGUACGGUCAGAUAGGUGCAUCAUUAUUAUUUUGUGUUAUCAUUAAUUAAGUUGAGGGCACAUUUGAUUGGAAAUGAAACAAAAGCAAUGAGGGAGUUAACCUAAAUGUUACUUUAUUUACACAUAUUAAGGGAAUAGUGGCUGAAUUGUAGAGUAAUUGCUCCAUUUUAGUGUUAUUCAAACUAUGGCGAUAUUGACAGUCCUGUAGUUUCUCCACUGUUCAAGCAAACUUAAAGCUGAACGUUAACAUGUGCAUGUUUCAUUUCAAAUUCAAUGUGCUACAACCAGCACCAAAUACAAGCUGUGACUGUCUGUAUAGUUACAAAGUGUGUUGUACAAAGUGUGUGUUCUUUCCUGUGUUGUUUCAGAUAACUGUGUCAGAGAACAGUAUCCAGGAAAAGCUAACAGUCCCAGGAGGUCUCUUCAAACUAAAAGGGAAGCAAAGCCGCCUCUGGAAACACAUCCGCACCUUAGAAAACGAUCUCAACCAGUACACUAUAAGGUUUGACAGGUUGAUGAGCAGAAACGUGGAUCUUCGCAAAGACAUAGCUCACCUACUACAACAGAAAGGCUUAUGGUGCAAUGUUGCAAAGAAAUUCAACAAGCAGUUGGCUACACAGCUAAACCAAACAGAGAAAAUGGAGGAGAGUUUCACUGUGGCUUUCCAACAGAGGUCAGAGGCAGAGGGCCGAAUGCUGGAGGUGGGGGAGUGGAUCGAGGUGGAGACUGCUCACUUUACCAAGAGAAGGAUGAAGCUGAAGACAAACAUCGACCAUGACGCCAAACUGCAGACUUUCAUGGAGACCAAGUUGCAGGAAGUUAUUUGUUUCGAAGAAAAUGAAGACUCCAAGAAUAGAAAGAAACAGCUACAGGAUGAGUCUGGAGUUGAGAAGCUGGAAAUGUACCGGCAGGGCCACAGCAGUUUAGUGGAGGUCACCCAAGAGAGCGACCUGCGAGAAAUCGCCCACAUGUUUGCUCAAAACGAUCAGAAGAAUUUUGCUCGUAUCAGCUAUAUCAAUCAGCUGCAGAACAAAAGGAACAUGUUGAGGCACAGCACAGACAAGAUGAAGAGUGACAUCCUGUUCCUGGAGGAAGAGAACAAAGGACAUGAUGAGCAUAUUAACAGCACGCUUAAGGAUCUAGAAUCUGAGUUGGAGAAGAACCGCUGUCUGUCAGACUCUCUGGAGCAGCGGUGCGCUGAUGUUCAGACGACUCUAGGCGAGCUGACGGGUGCCAUCAGCGGCCUCUUAGACCACAUAAUGCCAGAAGCUGUCACUGUCAAUCUUGACAAUGUCGUACACUUCAUCAGUAUCCUCGAGGAGAGCAUCAGUGGCCUGCUGAUGCAGGCCAACAACAUGGAAGAGGAACAGAUGGAUCCUCUGAGCAUGCUGUUGGCCAACUUUGAGCUGCUACCAGGAAACGAAGUGGUGGUGGAAACAGAGCGCGGUAAAUCUCCUGCACGCUCGCUCAAGUCUGCCUGAUCAGACAAACUCAGCGCCGUCGCAUCUUCUGACACUUCUGAUGGCAAUAAACAGCUAGCAUCAAA